GGUACCUGGUUUAUAUCCGCACUCGGGGUGAACAGGAAGUGUUUGUCAAAUCAUUGCAGCUAGUCAUUUACUUCCAGUGAGUAGGCGAAUAACUCGCUCGGUUUUGAAGGCAUUUUGCCACAAUGGGACUGUUCGGAAGAACAGCGGAGAGACCACCGAAAGAUUUGAUAAAUGAGUGGACCCAGAAAAUAAGAAAGGAAUCAAGAACGAUCGACAGACAAAUUCGAGAUAUUCAAAGGGAAGAGGAAAAAGUCAAGCGAUCCAUCAAAGAUGCUGCCAAAAAGGGUCAGAGGGACGUUUGCGUGAUCCUUGCCAAAGAGAUGAUUCAGUCCAAACGAGCAGUCACCAAGCUCUACUCUUCUAAAGCCCACCUCAACUCUGUCACACUCAGUAUGAAGAAUCAGCUUUCUUUGCUGCGUGUUGCUGGCUCUCUGCAGAAGAGCACAGAGGUGAUGAAAGCCAUGCAGAAUCUCAUUAAAGUCCCUGAGAUACAAGCUACCAUGCGGGAGCUAUCAAAGGAGAUGAUGAAGGCUGGGAUUAUUGAAGAAAUGUUGGAGGACACAUUUGAGAGCGUGGAAGAUGGCGAGGACAUGGAAGAGGAGGUUGAGGAGGAAGUGGACAGGAUCCUAUUUGAGAUCACAGCAGGUGCCCUCGGUAAAGCGCCCAGCAAAGUCACGGACGCCCUGCCCGAGAUGCCUCAAGGCGCCACCGCAGCUUCAGACAACGAAUCGGAGGAAGACAUCGAAGACAUGCAGUCCAGAUUGGCUGCUCUCAGGAGCUAAAGCGGGGUUUGUUUCAUUCCCUUUUUGCAGUACUGAGCAAUCCUCUCUUUGGCUUGCUCUCAUUUUGUCAUCUGGGGUUAUUUUUGUGCUAGGCUCAUUCAUGUCAGGAUUUUUUCUUUUCUUUUAUCAGUGGUAACUCUCGCUAAGUUUACAAUCCAAAGUCAAUUUAGAAGGUUUAAGAAAGUGUAAAUAAUGUAAGUAUGAAAAGCCUAUUGUGCCUAUAGUGCUUCAUCUUACUUCUCUUCUGUCCUAUGUUAUGGACAUCAUGCUAUUGUUGGCUAUAAAUUGGGUUUUUGAAAUGUUCAAAUCACUACUACUAGUGCUUGUAAACCAAAACACUAGUUGAUUUUUAACAGACUUCUGUAUAGUCGCUGUGUGUCUUUACUAUAUCAUAUACACUUCUCCCUCCAACUAAAUCUUGGUGCGUUAACCCUCGGCAUGUCCAAAGUUUGUUUCAUUAAUGUGGGUAAAAAGUGUAAAAGCGCUGAUUUUGUAGGUUGGUACAGGGAAACUGUAUUGUGGAAGUGCAAUGUGUGUAUAUUUCUUUUUAUGUACAUGGGGUGGAAAAAGAAGAGAAUAAACUUUUUAAGGACAA